CUAGUGUUGACACUUCCGGGUGGGACCGCAGCGGAGCGAGGCGAGGAGGCAGGGGCUGGCAGCUCCGGCGGCGAGCAUGGCGUAUCACGGCCUGACGGUGCCCCUCAUCGUGAUGAGCGUGUUCUGGGGCCUCGUCGGCUUCGUCGUGCCGUGGUUCAUCCCCAAGGGUCCUAACCGGGGAGUUAUCAACACCAUGUUGGUGACCUGUUCCGUUUGCUGCUAUCUCUUUUGGCUGAUUGCAAUUCUGGCCCAACUCAACCCUCUCUUUGGACCACAGCUGAAGAACGAAACCAUCUGGUAUCUCCGAUUUCAUUGGCCUUGAGGAAGAAGUCACGUACCCAGUGCCCAGCACAGAGUUCUGUUUUACAGGUCAAGAAGAGAAUUCCUUCUACAUGCUGAUCACCUCCACCCUGACGCCUUCUUUGACUCGCCUAUUUUGAGCUUCAGCUGCCUUAAGCGUUCACGUCACAUUUGAACAUCUUACUCCACAACAUGCUGUUUUUCCCUUCACUUUUCUACACUCGGGUGAAUUCUGUGCCUGCCUCGCCUGCACUGUGCCAGCCCCAUGUGAUGUGCGUGCAGUCUCCUCAGACAGAAGACGCCACCUUUCUGGGAAAUACGUCACUGCCUCCUCGGCCUCUGCAGAGGUGAAGUCUCCUUGCCUGCUCACAUCACGGGAAUCAGCAACGUUUUUAAAAACUGCUCCAAGACACAGUGGCCUCCAGGGGACUGUCAGUAGAAGAUUUCCCCCCAUUUUGGAGGGAAGCUCUGUCCCCUCUGAAUCAUAGCAAACUAUAUUUCAGGAUGAAUUUAUUUCUCCUAUCUUUUGGAAUAAAUUAUUUUUCUGCUUUCUAUGAAAA